UAUGCGGCCGACGGGCUGAUUUCAUAACGUGGGGAGGAAGACAGGAAUGGAGCGUUGAGAACGGAUGAGCCCCAGACCCGUUAGGCUCUAUGCACCAACAGUGUUAUCUCUAUUCCCGGGCCAUGCAGACAGUGCACUAGAGAUGCGGUAGUGGAGGCUGCUGAUGCUGCUGUUCGAUCAGCUGUUUUUUGUGUCUUGAGCAUCAUCACCGUGACGGCCAGAGAGAUCGAGAUAAAGCUCCGGAGCCAGGGACACCGCAGACCGGGUAACAGAGGAUGGAGUUUAAGCAUCUGGUGGAGGCGGCGGAGAAGUGGUGCUCCGGUAACCCUUUCGACCUCAUCUUCGCCGAGGAGGACGACGAGAGGCGGCUGGACUUUUACGCAGAGCCCGGCGUCUCCUUCUACGUGCUGUGUCCCAGUGGCACCGACAAUUUCCAUGUGUGGAGCGAGAGUGAGGACUGCCUUCCCUUCCUACAGCUGGCCCAGGACUACAUCUCCUCCUGCGGGAAGAAGACUCUGUUGGAGGUCCUGGAGAAAGUCUUCACAUCCUUCAGGCCUCUGCUGGGUCUUCCAGAUAUAGAGGACGACAGUUUUGAGCAUUACCACGCUGACAUGGAGGGAGAACCAGGGCCCGACCACCAGCAGAUGGGGGUCAGCCAGCAGUGAUGAGCCUGCAGUUGGGGCAGAGCUGCUCUGAAGCUCUCGGCCUCAACUCAUCCGCCCAAACACUUAACAACACACUCUUAUCCAAACACACACACGCACACACACACACACACAUACUUACAGUCAACUUGCUAAAAAUGCACCACCAUGUUCUUGAAUGUCUCAGUGGCUUUGCUUCCCAAAGAGUGCACUCUGUUGCACUGUUGAACCCCAACCAACUAAACACACACGCACGCAUAAACACACACACACACACACACACACACACACACACACACACACACACACACACACAUUGGGGCUACGUGAGCCGUAGCCAUGUACAAUGCAAGUAUCAUAAUCAUUCACCUUCUGGUUAGUUAAAGUUCCACAGCACAGCAAUAUUACAUCGGCCUCAGCUGGCUUUGUUAUGCAGAAAUACAGUCAGAUGUUACCGCAAUACACACAUUUCCCCCGUUGGUUUGGAGAUGAAUGUGACAGAUAACCUAAUUUCUCUGCCUGUCUGUUGACACAGAGGAUACACGAGAGCUAGAUGAAAGAUGAAUGGGUGAAAACUGACGGUUUGUGGUUGUGUGAGGCAACUGGAGUGACGCAGAUAAAGAGCAGGAGGGAGGGAGGAGGGAAAAGCAGUAUAAUUUUCCACUUCAUGGAGGGAAGGGAGGAUGUAUAUUUGUGAUGUAGAUUCAGGUGGGAUAGCUCUCAACCUAUCCUGUUUUAAACACACAGUUAAAGUAGUCUAAUAGGUUUCAGUCAAAAAGCAUUUUACACGUUGGCUCCUCAUGUGGAAAUCAAAGUGUGCAGCUUCACAGUAGCAUGGAUCAUCUCUUGAGGUGUGUCUCUAAAUGUUUCCAAGGCAGUACACCUCAAAGGAAUUUAAAGUCACUUUAUGAGGACGUUUUUAAUCAAUGUUACUAUCAUAUGACCAACACAACAAAGGCCCACGCUGCAGCUUAAGCCCUUCUUGGUUUGGGUGUCUCAUUGUCACAUGACACCCUAGUUUUGCCCUGUAGUCUUCCUUCCUGGUUGUUGGUGGUUCACAAUUUGCCCUCCUAAAGCUAGCCAAAACCUGUUUUGCGUGUGUUGUUUUGAGUUUAUCAGCUUCUUUCAACGUUUCUCUUAAACAUAAAUUUAAAAAGUGCACACCCAAAUCCCUGAGUGAUAUCACAGGGAAGAGAAAAUAUUUGUUGACAGCCGCCGGCCCUCUGCCUUCCCUGUUCUCUCUAAUCUCACAAGUGUGUUGUUGUAUGUCACAUCCAGCGCACUGCAACGCUUCAGGCCCCCGCCGCCUUCGACCACUCGAUCCACGUGCAAGACUGUUUCAGAGGUUCACCUUUAGCUUGUUUACUUUGGCUUGUAAAUGUUUGUCUUUUUAUUGCCUCUUUGAAUGUGUAUCUUCUGUUUGUCCUCCGAUGUGUGUGAAAUUGUUCAAUAAACCGUGUGAACAGCGUG